AUGUCUCGUGAAUCGCGUAUCCGCUCAAAAAGUCAACCUGCCGUGAGUGAAAACGUUUCGUACAACGCGUACGCGUCGCGUUUACGCUCAUAUGAUCGCCUGUGCUCGAAAAAUGAGCAAAAAUCUCCGCAAAUUUGUCAACUAAAAAUCGCCAACGAAUCUCCAAUCCAACGCGGAUUCAAGGGAUUCGAAUCCAACGACGAAAAUCUGAAUUCGCUGAAUUCAGAUGACGAAAUCCUCGAGUUGAAUACUAAUUCAACAACAAUCGCCGGAAAUUCAGCUGUCGAACGCCGAUCAACUGAUUUCCACCCCAAUUCGCUGCAAAUCGCCGUAGAUUCAACAAUCCAACGCGGAUCGCCGAACUCUACUUUGCAAAAUCUAAACUCAACGCCAAGCUCUCCGAAAACGCAAAUCAACGAGAGUCCGAGAAAAAUAAACCAAGGUACGUCAGUGUUAUUUUUCAAAAACGCCGAAUCGAACUCCAACGAUAAAACGAUGCCUGACUCAAUCGAAAAGCAGGAGUUUGAGAUCUGGUUUGAGAGUCUGAAUCUCAACAUUUCGAAACUAGAGACGGAGUUAUUAAACGAAGUUGUCGAUAUUGCAUCGCUCACCAUUAUGGUAGAGGAUGUAGAAGAAGAUGUAACCCAAGUCGAACAGUUCCGAAACCGUCCGGCCGAAGAUUACAAUUACGCCAUCGCUAUUCCUGUCAAUUUCAAAGCAAGAAAUUUGAUACGUCGCGCAAAUCGUGUUAUACGCAGCAUCGAUAGCGAACCAAAACCAACGCCUACGCCUACGCCAUCGAAUAACGGUUUUACUCGUCGUGUCCCCGAACUGGAUAUUGUAAAAUUCGACGGUGAUAUAACGAAAUAUCGUUCAUUUGUCGAGAUGUUUAAGCUGAAAUUCGACAAUUUAACGAUUCCAGACCGUGAACGCCUGCAACAUCUCAAGCAGAACACAACCGGUGAACCUCACCAACUUAUCGAGCAGCUCGAAUUAUUGGACAUAAACUAUCCAGCUGCAUUCAAAAAACUCGACGAUGCGUACCUCGACGCCGAAGACACAAUCAGCGAAUUGUACGCCCGAUUAGAAAAACUUACGCCAGCAACCAGCAACACAGCAUCGUUGAAAGAUACGUUUAUGCAACUCGAAAGUAUUAUCACCGCGCUGCGCAGUCAUGGACAAACGUUAAGCGAUUUUCCACCUCUGCGCGACAAAGUUUACAGUAAAUACCCAACAUUUAUUGUACAUCAGGUAUGCGGCGUAACGAAACUUGGAAUUUUAGAAUUUCAAGCAGCGGUUGGAAAAUUGAUCAAAAUGCGAGCAAACAUCCAAGCCACUCAAGCCGCUUACGCGCCAUCGACAUCGCCGAAGCCAGCUACGACUUCAGCUCUAAUGACUGGUUCGCCGAAUGGACCAUCUCAAACGCCGAAACAAUCGAAAAAACAUCCGACGAAAAAGCCCAACGAAGUGCCGACAUCGACGGAUCCGACAAAAAACAAACGUACGCCGACGUGUGUUUUCUGCGAUGCGCUACAUUAUAGCGCUCAAUGUCCGACCUACGCUACGCUUGAAGUGCGUAAAGCGCGCCUCAAGGAUCGCUGUUCAUUGUGCCUAAACCGAGAGCACAAGAAAGCCCAAUGUGAAAAACAAAUGCGUUGUUUUUAUUGUCGAGUAGAACGCGAUCAUCAUUCCUGCAUUUGUCCGAAGCAGUUUACCGCCACAACUAACGGAGAACCGCCGCCACGUACGCCAGAAGGAACACCUGAGACCAAUCGCUCAGUUAACUUUGCACAAAAGCAUUCCGGAGCUCAUACUACAGCGAUGGUUACGCUUAUCAACCCGAGAACUCAACGUAAAUAUCUUGUGCGUACGCUAUUCGAUAACGGUUCCAACGAAACUUAUAUAGCUGAGUCAGCCGCCAAGCGCAUCGGAUUGCACUUGUCACCGUUCGUCGCCUUACCAGUGAACGUUUUUCAGGGUGAAAAACCAGUAACUAUCGACUCAGCAACGACAACGUUCAUCGUUACGAACAAUGAUGAAUUCAAAAUCAAUAUUGUCGCAGACACCGCUCCGAAACUUCCUCAAGCAGUGCAGUUAUUCGAUUACGACGAGUUUCUAACAACUCAACCCGAUCACAGCGCCACCGAGUUCGUCGAUCAGGGUACCAUAUACCCAAUUGAGCUUCUCAUUGGGUCCGAUUACUUCUAUGACUUCAUUAAACCAGAACGCCGUGAAGUUGUUGCCGAAGGUCUGUACAUCAUGCGUACUCCGUUUGGUGCCAUCUUAGUUGGCAGAAAAGCUGACCAACGUACCGUACAGUCAAUUCUAUAUCGAAUGACGCCAGCACGAGCAGUCGCCGAAUUGUGUUCAAUGGAGGCGAUGGGAAUCAAAGACAUGCCAGUAUCCGCCAUCGACGAAGAAGAAACCGCUCUUGCGCUGUUUUACGAAAGCAUUACAGUUGUCGACGGCCAAUACCAAAUUCGACUACCUUGGCGCGAAUUUCCGCCACCGCUGCGCGACAACUUUGGAAUGGCGAUUGGACGAUUAAAAUCGCUUCUUCGUAAGUUCACCGAAAAAUCAUUCGACCAAUAUCGCGCAAUAAUCGACGAGCAGAUCGCUUCAGGAAUCGUCGAGGAAGUUGACCCGCCAGAACCAGGAGGUAAUCGUCACUACCUUCCCCACCACGCCGUGUUUACGCCUGAAAAGUCGACACCGCUGCGUAUUGUAUUCGACGGCAGCGCAAAAACAAAAACUGAGCCUUCAAUCAACGAUAUGAUUUACAAAGGAGUAAAUCUGCUUGCAAAAGGCUGCACGCUCCAAAUUCGCUUUCGUCUUCACCCAAUUGCGCUUGUUAGCGAUUUGGAAAAAGCGUUUCACCAGCUCUUAUCCGAUCCGAAAGACCGCGACUACUUGAUGUUUCUGUUCAUUCAUGACAGAUCGAAACCCGCCAGCGGCCGAAACCUACGAUUUCUCCGUUUCCUGAGCUACGUGUUUGGAAUAAUCGCAUCUCCAUUCACCUUGCAAGCCACAAUAAGGUAUCACCUUCGAAAGAAUCCGAUCGAAUUCGCAACUCAAAUCGAACGAGAUACCUACGCUGACAAUAUUGUUACUGGAGUCAAAAAUCGAGAAAUUGGAGAAUCGUUCUACAACUCGUCAGUUGAAGUAUUCCAACGAUGUCAAAUGAAUCUACGCAAAUGGGCGAGCAACGAUAACGAGCUCCGUCUUCGAUUCGAGCAGCCCGACAGAUCCGCCGCCAUUUCCAUACUUGGACUUGUAUGGGACCAAUACACCGAUACUUUGAAAAUUCAUCCUAUCGACGCAACCAACGACGCCAUACCGACGCUACGAACAGUGGUCAGCGUGGCAGCGCAAUUUUUUGACCCAUGCGGUUAUUUUUCGCCCAUCUCGGUCAACGCGAAAAUUUUUCUACGAGAAAUUCAUCCAAACUACGAUUGGGAUGACCAGCUGUCCUCAGAUCACCGUGAACGUUGGCAGAUCAUCGAGAACGAGCUGCGCAAAACAACUGAACAUUGUCUACCUCGAUUUCAAUGCGAUAUAGACGACAACUCCGCUACUCUGGAGUUACACGCUUUCGCCGAUGCGUCCCUGAAAGCAUGCGCUUGUGUAAUAUAUCUAGUACGCCGAACGAACAAGGAAGUGACAGCUCACUUAUUGUUCUCACGCACCAAAAUCGCCAAAUUGAACGAUGUACCGAAACUCGAACUUGUUGCGGUAUAUCUCGCCAUGAAAGCGUUGAUUUUCGUCGAAGAUGCGCUUCCUAUUACCUGUAAACAACUCGUCUUAUGGUCCGACAGUUCCUGUGUCAUCGCAUGGAUACAUAACACGACAAAAAUCUUACCGACCUUCAUGCAACGAAGAGUUCAAGAAAUUCGAGAAGUUGAACGUUUGCAAGUAAACUUCAUCGCCGGCACCGAAAAUCCGGCCGAUAUGCCAUCUCGUGGCGUGUCACUCGACCAGCUACUCACCUCACAAUGGUUCGCAGGUCCAGUUGAAUGGAUAGCGAAAAUACCCACAAAUCCGCCACCAGAAUCUUCACCGCACGCCGAUGUCUACUUCAUCAGCAACGAAGAUACUGAACACACAUAUGUUCCGAAAUACCCAUUCGAUAUCGAUCCAGCACAGUUCGAAACCAAGAAAAAUGCGUAUCUCGCUUUAUUACGCAAGACGUGUAAGCCGUUACGUGUACUGUUACGUUGGCUUCCAGUAUUACGUCGGAACGAGCACUACGAUAAACCAGUAUCGCUUUAUUCCGCUCAAACAAUGUGGAUAAAGUUUGAACAGCGUUCUUUCUACGCAGAAGUAUACUCAGCGCUCGAAUCCGGCAGAAAACAUCCGCUUAUCAAGAAACUGAAUUUAUUUGUCGACCCUCGCGGCAUUAUUCGAUGCGCUGGACGAUUUUGCAACGCGCCGCUCACAAAAAAUGAAAAACAGCCGAUAUUAUUACCGCCAGCAAGUGAAUCUCCGUUCGUCCGUAUGCUUAUUCAAUACUAUCACGAAACGUCGAUGCACUCUGGUGUCGGUUACACGCUCUCACUCAUCCGCCGCAGAUUUUGGAUUCCAACGGGCCGCAGAGCAGUCUUUAUCGCAAUCCAAAACUGUCACAACUGUAAACGAUACUCAGCUCGACCAUAUCGCCAGCCAGACGACUCAUCGCUUCCAGAGUUCCGUUUGGAUGAUAAAUCGACGCCGUUUCAACACCUAGCAAUCGAUACGUUUGGUCCGUUAUACGUAAAUGGCCAAAAACGAUUUUGUCUACUGAUUACCGACCUUGUAAUUCGAGCUGUCGAGCUGGAGUUACUGGAAAACAUGACUGCUGAUGUAAUUUACCUCGCAUUACGUCGAGUCAUCGCCCGAAGAUCUGUUCCAACGCUAAUUGUUAGCGAUAAUGCGCCGCAAUUCGUAGCAGUUAGCCAAUCAUUCAAAACGACCUAUACGCAUGAUUUCCAGUGGAAAUUUAUCCUGGAACACUCGCCAUGGAUGGGCGGAGUGUACGAAAGAAUAGUCGGUCUGGCAAAAUCAGCGCUUUUCCGAACUUUUCACCAUCAUUCGCUAGAUGAGCCAACACUCCGUACUGUACUCGCCGAAAUCGCCGGAAUUCUGAAUGAUCGACCCCUCACCUAUGUUGGCGCCGAUCAAGAAGAAAUCGUUAUUACGCCGAAUCAUUUUCUGCGCACCUACUUCAUCGAAGAAGACGACGAAGCAGCGCGCAUCGACCGUUACUGGAAAAACGCGCAAGAAAUUGUCUCCAAAUUCUGGCAAAUCUGGAGAACAACGUAUUUACAAUGGCUUCGUAGUCAGUAUCAAGCCACCGACAAACGACGAUCAGCACCGACUGAACCGAAACCAGGCGACAUCGUGUUAGUCGUCGACAAAAUAAAAAAACGAAACCAUUGGCCGAUAGCGUACAUCGAUACUCUGAUAAAAAGCUCAGACGGAAAGGUACGCGGAGCUCGAAUCAAAACGAAGAAUGGUUAUACUAAACGGCCGUUAUGCGAGCUGUGUCCAAUGGAAACCAAUAUUCGAAACCUGAAUGAAGCCGAGACGCCGGAAGACUUCGACGACACAGCAGACGACGAAAACCCAACUCAACCUGAGCCAACAGUGACUCAAGAUGAACGUGACGAAUGGUUAGAUCCGGAGAUCACGGUCACUGAAAUCGAAGAUGACACCAGCGAAUAA